AUGAAGCUGCUGCUGCUGCUGUGUCUGGGGUUGACGCUGGUCUGCGCACAUGAUGAAGGAAACCCUGCUGUUGUGACAAGCAACUUCGAUAUAUCAAAGAUUUCAGGGGGGUGGUAUACCAUUCUCUUGGCCUCAGAUGACAAAGAAAGGAUAGAAGAAAAUAGUGUCAUGAGGAGUUUUAUGGAAUCCAUCCAAGCCUGGGACGACAACUCUUUGACACUGAAAUUUCAUGUAAAGGUCAAUGGAGAGUGCACUGAAAUUUCUUUGUUUUGUACCCAAGCAAAUGAGAAUGGUGUAUAUAAUGUUAUCUCACUCUACCAUGAAUAA